AUGGCGGCUCGAAAUCCAUAUGUAGUCCCUGCUCUCACCAAGCAUACCGCGACUGUGAUCAUGGCCCACGGUCUGGGCGAUUCGAUGUCUCUUGCCCAGAAUUGGCGUCGACGAGGCAAGUUCAACGAGAUUGCCUUUAUCUUCCCCAAUGCGCCUAGCAUCCCAAUUACUGUGAACAUGGGCAUGUCGAUGCCCGGCUGGUACGAUAUUGCUCAUCUCGGUCGCGAUGUAAGCCUUCAAUUCGAAAUACCAUGCUAUUCGGAGACUAUUCACGACAAUGAUGACAACGCGCACCGGAGACUGACAAUCGCAUCUUUACUGCAGCUCGACUUCCAAAAAAGCGCCCGCAACCAAGACGAACCCGGUAUCCUCCGAUCGCGCGAAUAUUUUAAUUCUUUGAUCAAACAGGAAAUGGACAAGGGCAUCAAGCCAUCUCGCAUUGUGCUCGGAGGGUUCUCUCAAGGUGGCGCCAUGUCUGUCUUCACCGGUGUCACCGGCCCUGAGAAACUCGGCGGCGUCUUUGGCCUGUCGUGCUAUCUCUUGCUGAGCGACCGCAUCAAGAACUUAAUCCCGGAGAAUUGGCCAAACAAGAAUACGCCGUUCUUCCUGGCACACGGUGAGGAUGACGAGGUUGUCAACUUUGCGUACGGAGAUCAGUCAGCCAAGCUGCUCAAGGAGAUCGGUCUGGAGAAUGUUACCUUCAACAAGUAUUCCGACCUUGGUCAUUCUGCGGACCCGAACGAGAUCGCCGACCUGGAGAAAUUCCUCGAAAAGACUCUCCCCGCUGGAGGUGACGAGCCCGCGUCAGCGGGACUAUGA